AAAAACUUAUUAGAGCGGCUGCAAACGGCGAAGCAACCGAUGAUAUUGCCGGCGACGCAGCCCGUGGCGAGGCAACUAGCGGUGCAGCAACAACCAACCAUUCAGCAACAGUUGAUUCCUUAUGAGAAUACAACCUCGGAAAUUUCCAUGGCAGAAGACUGGGGUGCUGUAAUCUCAACUCCCACAUUGGGCCUCAUCCGUCCGCUGGCCCAAACUUCAGAAAUGACGGUUUUAGAAUUUAUUGAAGAUGAUUUGAAUGGGGGUAGUUGGAAAGAACAUAAAUGCCAUCGAGAAUCGAUUUCAGAAUUCAUCCAACAUCUGAAGGGCCAUUUCAAGCGGGAUGUGGAGUUCUACCAUCAGCAUGAGCCCCGAACAAUCGCUGAGCACGAACUGCCCCGACACGAUGCGAUAUGUAUCGCUCCGAAGAACGUCAUGUUUGAAGAGAGACAUUUCCCAGCGGAAGAACAGUUGUGA